CCACAAUAGUCAUUAUGAAUCCAACAAGUUACUAAUACUACCGUACUGUAGGAGUGGGAUUAAAGAAGCUCUGUGUCCACGUUGCCAUGCUUCACCCAGGACAUACAUCCACCAUCCCAACAGCCGCUCAUCCAGCCCCCCACCCCAACACCUUCACCUCUCACACACACACACCACACACACACACACACACACACACACACACACACACUGAACACGCGCACAACCCCGAGACCCGUCCCCUCAUCACCCACAGAAAUGUCCCCUCUCUCUGUUCCAGGGGGCUCAUGGGAAACCUCCUGAAAGUGCUGGCUUGCGCCGAACUUGAGCAUGGCCCAAUAGUUUUCCUUGACUUUGAACAUGCCCAGCCCACGGAGGCGGAGACGGCGGUGUGGAACCAGGUCAGCGCCGUGCUGGAGGAGGCUCAUGGGAUCCUGGCCGAGCUGCAGUCCUACAACGGGGCGGGCCAGGAGAUACGAGAAGCCAUCCAGAACCCGGGCGACCUCGCUCUGCAGGAGAAGGCCUGGAACGCAGUCUGCCCCCUGGUGGCCAAACUGAAGCGCUUCUACGAGUUCUCCCUCAGACUGGAGAACGCCCUGCGCAGCCUGCUGGAGGCGCUCACAAGCCCUCCGUACGCCCCCAUGCAGCACCUGGAGAGAGAGCAGGCGCUGGCCAAACAGUUCGCUGAGAUCCUGCAUUUCACACUCAGCUUUGAUGAGCUAAAGAUGACAAAUCCAGCCAUUCAGAACGACUUCAGCUACUACAGGAGGACUAUAAGCAGGAACCGGCUGAACAACCAGCAGCUGGAGGCGGAGAACGAGGUCAACAAUGAGAUGGCCAAUCGGAUGUCUCUGUUCUACGCUGAGGCAACACCAAUGCUGAAGACUCUGAGUAACGCCACCACCAAGUUUGUGUCAGAGAAUAAGACCUUGCCCAUAGAGGACACCACAGACUGUCUGAGCACGAUGGCCUGUGUGUGCCGUGUCAUGCUGGAGACUCCGGAGUACCGCUGUCGGUUCACCAACACAGACACCAUGCUGUUCUGCAUGAGGGUGAUGGUGGGAGUCAUCAUCCUCUACGACCACGUUCACCCCGUCGGGGCUUUUGCCAAGACCUCCAAAAUCGAUAUGAAGGGCUGCAUCAAGGUGCUGAAAGAGCAACCGUCCAACAGUGUGGAGGGGCUUCUGAACGCGCUGAGGUGUGCAGGAACCAGAAAGAGAUACUAGACACAGAUUCCCCUGAGUUGCUCCCGAUGUGUGAUGGCC